CGCAACUAAAGGCAAAGAUAUAAAUAAUCUCAAAGCAUAAUUCACAAUUCAACUAAGCUAUUAAGAUUUUCUAAAAAUAAAUAAGAAUAAAAAAACAAUCAGUUUAUUAUAGUUACUGAAUUCCCUCCAGCUCUGUUUUUCAAAAAAAGAAGAAAAAAAUCCCCCGUUUUUAGAACUCAAAAACUCCUAUCCACAUUUCAAGAUUUAGCCACCAUUUUCCCGUCCUCUUUAAUUUUCUGUUUUUACAGUUUUUUUUUGGCUCUAUAUAAACACCAAAUCACCAAGAAAUAACUGAUCAAACAACUCAAAAGAAAAAGAAAAAUGGCAGAAUAUUGGGCUGGUAUUUACAGAUUUAUUACUGCCAAUGAACAACAUAUUGCAGAAGAAAUUGGAGAUGAUACUGAAGAUUAUGUCGAAUACAUGCUUAGAAAAGAAGAUACAAUUACCAUUGCUGGACUCACUAACCGACUUCCAUCAAGAACGAUCACCCUUCCAUGGCUUCUUGAAGUUCGCCAUUCUGUAAUUUACUACAUUGUUUGGAUAGGAGGAUGUUUUGGAGCCAAAAAAAUCACAGUUUACACAGCAAUGGGUUAUGUUGAUAGGUUUCUUUCAUUAGUGUCACAGAAACCAAAUUUCGAGCUUUCGAGGUUAUUGGGAAUUGCAUGUUUACAUUUGGCUUGUGAGCAAUUUCAGGAAACUGAAUGUCUAAGAUUAAUUUCAAGAUCAGCACCGGAUGAAUUUCUAGAAAGACUAAUGAUUAUGAAGGCCAGUGUUGUUACACAAUUUAGAGGGAUAGUGACUUUAGUUACUCCUAUUCACUUCAUCAAAUAUUUCUUGUCAAAAUUCUGCAAAGAUCUUUCAAGAAAAGAGUAUGCCAGAAUCAAGACUGUUGAAAUCAUCAUGAGUACACUCGGAGAUGUGAGAUUAAUGAGUCUGAAAGCAUUUUCAGUAGGAGCAGCAGCAACAUUAUUAGCAUCAAACGCAAAAGUAUUGACACGUGAACUGAUAAAGGAUGAGAUGAUUAAUGCCUUGCCUCAAAAAUGGAUUAUUCCACUUGAUGAGGUGUAUUCUUGCUAUAAUCGUUUGCUAGAGAUCAACAGGCACAGACUUGACAUAAGAAGUAGACUGUAAUUAGCUUCUUUCUGUAAUGUUUUGGACACAAGCAAAAAUAUCAUGAAAUAGUUACUAUUUUAGACCUUUUGGACUACAAUGAGAAUUCUUUUAAAGUUUUCCUUACUAAUGAUUCAUUUGGAAAACUUGCAUCCUCUAUUACUGUUCAUGAUAUUAAAAUGCCCUUGUUUGGCUUUAAAUUUGAAACUUGAAAA